GGGGCGCCGCGUGGGGGUGGCGGCCAGCAUGCUGCUCGGCUGCGGCUCGGCCUCCCACACCCGCGGCGCCCUUGUCCUCGCCAGCAGCGGCGGCGGCGGCGGCGGCGGCCGAGCAGCGAGCGGCGCCCGCGUCUGCAGCGGCGCGGGGUCCGAGCGCGCGGCGCGGCGGCCGGGGUCCGGGCCGGGGCGGGCAGCGGGCAGUGGGCAUGGCGCUGCGGAGAGGCGGCGGCGGCGGGGCGCUGGGGCUGCCGCUGCUGCUGCUGCUUCUGAGCGCCGCGUGCCUGAUCCCGCGGAGCGCGCAGGUGAGGCGGCUGGCGCGCUGCCCCGCCACUUGCAGCUGUACCAAGGAGUCCAUUAUCUGCGUGGGCUCCUCCUGGGUGCCCAGGAUCGUGCCGGGCGACAUCAGCUCCCUGAGCCUGGUCAAUGGAACCUUCUCGGAAAUCAAGGACCGAAUGUUCUCCCACCUGCCUUCCCUGCAGCUGCUAUUGCUGAAUUCUAACUCCUUCACAGUCAUCCAGGACGACGCGUUUGCUGGACUCUUCCAUCUGGAAUACCUGUUCAUCGAAGGGAACAAAAUAGAGACCAUUUCAAGAAAUGCCUUCCGUGGCCUCCGCGACCUGACCCACCUUUCUUUGGCCAAUAACCACAUCAGAGCCCUUCCGAGGGAUGUCUUCAGCGAGUUGGAUUCUCUGAUUGAACUAGAUUUACGGGGUAAUAAAUUCGAAUGUGACUGCAAAGCCAAGUGGUUGUACCUGUGGCUGAAGAUGACCAAUUCCACCGUCUCCGACGUGCUGUGCCUCGGCCCACCCGAGUACCAGGAGAAGAAGCUCAAUGACGUGGCCAGCUUUGACUACGAGUGCACAACCACAGAUUUCGUUGUUCACCAGACUCUGCCCUACCAGUCGGUGUCGGUGGAUACGUUCAACUCCAAGAACGACGUGUUCGUGGCCAUCGCCCAGCCGGGCAUGGAGAACUGCAUGGUGCUGGAGUGGGACCACAUCGAGAUGAAUUUCCGCAGCUACGACAACAUCACAGGCCAGUCGAUCGUGGGCUGCAAGGCCAUCCUCAUCGACGACCAGGUCUUCGUGGUGGUGGCCCAGCUCUUCGGCGGCUCUCACAUCUACAGAUACGACGAAAGCUGGACCAAGUUCGUGAAAUUCCAGGACAUUGAAGUCUCGCGCAUCUCCAAGCCCAACGACAUCGAGCUGUUCCAGAUCGAAGACGAGACGUUCUUCAUCAUCGCCGACAGCUCCAAGGCGGGGCUCUCCACCGUCUACAAAUGGAACAGCAAGGGCUUCUACUCUUACCAGUCUCUGCACGAGUGGUUCCGCGACACGGACGCCGAGUUUGUGGACAUCGACGGGAAGUCGCACCUCAUCCUGUCCAGCCGUUCCCAGGUCCCCAUCAUCCUGCAGUGGAACAAGAGCUCCAAGAAGUUUGUCCCGCACAGCGACAUCCCGCACAUGGAGGACGUGCUGGCCGUGAAGAGCUUCCGCAUGCAGAACGCCCUCUACCUGUCCCUCACGCGCUUCAUCGGGGACUCCAGGGUCAUGAAGUGGAACAGUAAGCAGUUCGUGGAGAUCCAGGCGCUCCCGUCCCGAGGGGCCAUGACGCUGCAGCCGUUUUCUUUUAAAGAGAAUCACUACCUGGCCCUGGGCAGUGACUACACCUUCUCCCAGAUAUACCAGUGGGAUAAGGAGAAGCAGCUCUUUAAAAAGUUUAAGGAGAUUUACGUGCAGGCGCCCCGCUCCUUCACGGCCGUGUCCACCGACAGGAGAGAUUUCUUUUUUGCGUCCAGUUUCAAAGGGAAGACAAAGAUUUUUGAACACAUCAUCGUCGACUUGAGCUUGUGAGGGUGUGACUGGGGGAUCCGAAGGACACGCAGCGUUAGCUCUCCCGGAAGAGAAGCCCGAGGAGAUGGAGAUAAAAUACGAAGUAAAAGCCAGGCUGAGAGCGCUGAAGCUCAAACUGCACUGGGGAAGUAGUUAGAAGUUUUCAAAUGUUUAGGACUCACAUUCUAAUCAGGGAUCACUCCUAUUGGCUAACUGCAUGACAUGGCCAUUCUACCAUUUACAAAGACCUCGUAACGCCUGUAAUUUCUGAGAAAAAGAAUCCAGCAUUUACUCUCACCACUUAGAAAAGUAAUGUGCUGCUGUUCUCUCUCCCUCCCUCCCUCUCUCUGUCUCCCCCUCCUCUCUCUCUCUCUCUCCCCCUCCUCUCUCUCCCCCCUCCCCUCUCUCUCUUUCUCACUUUUUCAUUAGAAGGAGAAAAGUGGGGAUGAUGGGACAGCUCUGUAAUGAAAUAAAAAGCAAAGACGCACCCCUAGCGGUCGCUUUGUUGAGACUCGGAGAGCCGCAGUCCUAGCCGCCAGGAGGCGCUGCUGAGGGCUCUGCAGCCCUGUGGCCCUCCGCACUGAUGCUUUGGGACUUCCUACCUUGCUGCAGGCAGGGCCCGGUGUUCCCGAAUCUUCCUUAGGAGCAGAACGUCGGCUCUGCCCUCGCUCCUAUGGCUACCUGUCGCGGGUGUGUUAACAACCCAGUGUUUGAUGUUGCCCCCUGUGCCACAGAGGAAAUAUUCCGCCGCCACACGUGUGCGCUCGGCAUGGGCCGUGGGCCCGGGAGUGAGACAAAGCUGUCGUCUCCUCUUCCUCUUGCUUCAAAGCUGACCCGCGUGGUGGCCGGGGCAAUCAUGCUUGUUUGAUGCUCUCCACGAUGCACCUGCCUCACCAGAAUCCUUCCUUUGAGUUUGUGGGUAACUAGCAGACGGGCCAAAGACUGAAUGGUGCUUUUUAUCCUGUCCUCAGUGGGAUGCAGGAGCUACUGCCGUCUGAUGUGCAUUUGGGAGCGGGCUAGAAGUGAGAUUUUAUGGAGUCAAAGGGGCUUGCACGCAGAUCUCGGUGCGUUUUGAAGCUGAGAGGUGGCCUUUGAUUGGCGCGGGGCCUUGCCCUCUGGACAGCUUAGUAUUUCAAGUGACAGAUACCAGCUACCUCCCUGCCCACCUGCCUACCUCCCUACUCCUGCAGCAGUCCGGUGUGGCUGAGUCGCUGGUGUUGCCGCUGCCGCCGCUGUCCUACUAAAGAUACUACGGAUGCCGGCGCCGCGGCUCACUAGGCUAAUCCUUGCGGCGCCAGCACACCGGGUUCUAGUCCCGGUCAGGGCGUCGGAUUCUGUCCCGGUUGCUCCUCUUCCAGUCCAGCUCUCUGCUGUGGCCCGGGAAUGCAGUGGAGGAUGGCCCAAGUGCUUGGGCCCUGCACCCCAUGGGAGACCAGGAUAAGCACCUGGCUCCUGGCUUGGGACCAGCGUGGUGGGCCGGCCGCGGCGGCCAUUGGAGGGUGAACCAACGGCAAAAGGAAGACCUUUCUCUCUCUCUCUCUCUCACUGUCCACUCUGCCUGUCAAAAAAAAAAAAAAAAAAAAAAGAUACUACGGAGCCCAGCCCGGCUCAGCACAGGGCCACGCUUCCCUCUCCCCAACUUUAAGCAAGGAGUCCCACACAGGGCCAUGGUUGUCGCAGGGUCGUCCUGUCCAGGCUGAUCAGCAGGAGCCGAGAAACUGAAUCCCCAGACCAGAGCUGCUCCCAGGGCACCAGGUGGGCUCUCCAGUGUGGUGCAGAGGGGAAGCUGACGGAGACUGGCCUUGUGGGAGGGGCCGCACGUGUGUCUUGCUUGCAUGGCUGGGCCCUUCUGAGAACACGAAGUGAAAGCUCCCAGGGAGGGUAACUCAACUUCUUCUCCCCUUGCCAGGAAGGCAGCCCUGUGGUGUAUUUGUUUGAUGAUCCGUUGGCACAGCCUGCGUGGGUAGAUGUUUGCCUGCAAAUGCGAAUGUUUGUGCUUCCUGACUGUAAGCAGUGCAGACCAAGGCAAGAAAUAGCACUCGGAGGAUGCGCUGAGCUGGUGAGGGCUCAUCAGCCCCCACGUCCAUUCUGCAACCAGGGAGCUUAAGGAACCAACUCGCCCACACACAUCAGUGUUGCUGCUGCAAACAUUUUGACUAACUACAAAGCAAACAGGAGAAAAGUAUUUUUCCAAAAAAAAAAGAGUAUAUAUUUGAAAGAGGGAGAGAGACAGACAGAGACAGAGAGGGAGCUGACCUCACUCGGCAGGUACCCACGGCAGCAGGGGCUGGGCCAGGGCUGAAGCCAGGAGCCAGGAACUCAAUCGAGGUCUCCCCCAUGGGUGACAAGAACUCGAUGACUUGAGCCAUCACCGGACUGGAGCCAGGUAUUCCACUGUCGGAUGUGGCAUCUUAAUCCGUAGACCAAAGACCCAUUCCUGUUGUCAUUUUUAGGCACAAAUAACUCUUCCUUUUGCCUUUUUUUUUUUUUUUUUUGCCCUCUUGGUUUCUUUGCAUUGGCUCCAAGUGCCCAGAUUCCCACUGAAGGUGGACAGCUCUGGCAGUAGAGACAGGCGAGCUGUUCUUUCUGCUGCCGGGAAGCCUCAGAUAGACCCUGGGUGGAAGAGGUGGCAGCUGGCAAGGAGACAUGGAAAUGGUCCCAGCACUCACACAGAGUGGGAAGGGCGCUCCCAUUCCGGUCACUGGCAAAGCAGGUGCCCUGGGGCAUCAUUUCGCAGUGUGCCCCUCCCCCCCAGAGCCUGCCCUCCCUUUCCCUCCCUGCCCUAGCUUCUCAGCUGUCCUUACCAUGCUGGUGACCACUGCCUCCAGCCUGGACAAGCAGGAAGCACAGGGUGUUGAGCUGAGGGUGGGGGAAGAAUAUUUGUGAGCAUAGACGGGCCUUUGGGGAAGAAAGAGCUCCAGGCAAUGGGGGUGGGGCGUGAGAAUCCACUCAACUGCAAUCGGAUUUUCAGUUCUUCUUUUUUUAAAAAAUGUGUGCAAGACUAGAGUCUGCAGUCUGCAGAAUGCUAGGGCUGGGGGAGGGGACAGUUGUUCCAGCCAACUGAGGACAGCAGCGUAGCUGUUCUUGGCACAGGUAGUAGAAGCUUUGCUUUAUUAAUCUUCCCAUUCCAUCCCAAGAAUCCCUAAAGUCUUAGGUAAUUUCUGCAAGAAAUUCUCUUCUAGUAAUAACGUGAACCAAAACCCCAACCCAACCAUCCUGGCAAAAGUCCCAGGCAGGGAAACCCCUGGGACCACCCUGUGGCGAUUGGCUGCAGGAGGCGCUGUCCGGGCAUCCACGCACUUGUGUCCCUCCCUUGGUCAUCUCCGUGGCUGGGCUCCCAGUGGCUCCUCUGCACAGUCACGUGGCUUUCAGGCCACUGCCUUAAUGUGAGAACUUGUCCCCAGACAGUGCAGGACUGGGAGUAGCUGUCUUAUAAAGUCUGCACUAACACCCUUAACCUGGGAAGCACUGUGUUCCUGGCAGUGGAGCCUGAGCCCGCCUUGCAUUCCCGCCAAGCUUUAGAUAUUUUGUGUGUCCAUUUGUGUGCAGCUCAUUUGCUCGUAAAUGGUUCUUCAGUGGGUUGGAGGUAUCGUCCUCAUUUCAGGGAGGAGAUAGACAUGAAAUCUAAGUGGUGUUUCCUGCCCCUGUGCAGUCAGUCGUGGAUGGCAGUGCUCGGACGUUCAGGUCAGGUAGUGGGCAUUGUAUUUGCUUUGUAUGAUGCUCUGGGGGUACCCUCCCAAAGAAAGACUUUCCUUUUUUGUUACGGGUUUGGAUAUAGCAGCACCUAGAGAUAAAGUAACAAGUGCGAGAAAACGGGCAGAGCCGGAAGACAGCCAUGAUGAAGGGCAGCUCUCCAUCGACUGGCCCAUUGACCGAUGAGCAAACGUCACACAGCUGCUACGACACGCAAGGCCCUGCUUCUGAAAGUCUCCCAGCAGGGAGAGUCUGCUGUUUCAAAGCGGCCUGCUGGCUGGCCCGGUUGUCUCUCCCCACUCUUAGCGAAGGUUCGGGCGCCUCUGGCUCUUGUCACGGAGUACAAGAGCGUGCCGGGGAGAAUUAAAACCCAAUGCACGACGGUGAUGAAUGGCUCGUGGCCCUAGGCGGCCUUCGGGGAACACACUGGAAGUGGCAGUGCUGCGUUUUCCUCCGCAUGGAGUGCGUGCGAGGCUGUGUAUUUUUAGGUAAGAAAUCAGCGUGGGAUGCCAGAAGUUUGGCUGCCAGGAACUCUCCUGAUGGAAAGUUCUCUGGCAGGGGCUGCGAUGGAGGACAGCGCGGGUCUCAGGAGGGGGUCUAUUCGAAUGCCACCUAAAGAAAAUUCCUUCAGCCCGCUUUCUGGGCCCCCUGCAGAGGUCCCAGCCUCUCCCGCACAGGGGAAGCUCUGUAACGGGACAGUGGCCAGCAGCUCCCUGGAGUGGAAUGCAGUGAACCUGUGUGUAGGCGGUGAGGAAGGUGGGGGACAAUAGAAAGGGGGCGGGCAGGAACGCAUGGGCAGGUGGCAGGCACUCUUUGGGGAAAGCAGAAAGAAACUUGGAAGGAGAGAACCACUGGUCAUGAUUUCCUUUGCCUCUGCCAAGCAAGCAGAGAGCAGAAUGGCCGGGCAGAUGCACGGCAUCCCAAUUUUUAAUGCAAAAGACCCAUUGCAGUGCUACCUGCGUGGAUUACGUCAUGACGCUACCGAGAGGAACGGUUAUCUUUACCGUGUCCCAUUGCCUGUACAGGAUCCGCCUUUUUUUCUAGUAGGAGACCGUAUGCUCCCUGUCCGUCCCUGUGACUAUCAACAACGUCCAAGAAGUGUGACAAAAUAGGCCAGUGUGCACUUGGUACCAUUUUUCUGUAUUUGAAAUGCAUACCUUAGGUGAAAUCCGAAUCGUUGAUAUGUAUAAGAAAGCAAGUUUUGCAGGAUUCAGGCUCUCAUGAAUGCAUUUCAAGGCUGUGUAUAUAUUUAGCCCUUUUUGGUAAAUAAAGUUAACAAAUGAUAUGCCUCGUAAUUCGGUAUACUCUGUAAGCCUAUGAAUAAAAAGUAGUCUGUGCCUCGUGUGGCUUUGA